CAUGGACAGAUCCUCGUGGUGUGUUGCGGCGAUGGUGGUGGUGGUGGCGGCGGUGGUGAUGGUGGUGGAGGGCAGAUGUCCGGAGAUGUGCAGGUGUAGCUACGAUUACCUGGACAGAAAGACGGUUACCUGUGAUAAUGGACGGCUGAACGGGCCCGUACCUGUCUUUAAUAUGGAUGGGGACACACAGGUGCUCACCAUCACGUCCCCAGAGGAUCAGGGCAACACGGUCACGCUGGGGCCCAUCUUCUACCCCCUGUCGAACCUGGAGGAGGUCCACAUCACCCACUCCAACGUGCCGGCCAUCGGGGACAACACCUUCUGGGGCCUGAGUCACCUUCAUCUGCUCAACCUCACCCACAACAACAUCACGGUGCUGCUCUCUUCGCACCUCUCCGGCAUUGAGAACCUGCAGGCCCUGCACCUGGACGACAACCACAUCAGCUCGGUGCCCUCCGCCACCUUCCACUCCCUGGUGGCGCUGGAGACGCUCACGUUGGCGCGGAACCGCCUGCGGGGCCUCGCGCCGCGCGUGUUCCUGCGCCUAACGCGCCUCACCGUGCUGGAUAUCAGCAACAACGCCAUCCAGGAGCUGGACCCCGAGGUGGUGCGCGACGUGCCGGCUCUACGCGAGCUGCGCUGCGCUGCCUGCAGCCUGACGCGCAUCAAGUCCCUGGUAUACCGCUCCCUGCCGCGCCUGGAGCUGCUGGAUCUGCGGGACAACCACCUGGCCAGCCUGGCGCCGGACGAGUUCAUGGACCUGCCGGGGCUGCGGCGCCUGCUGCUGGACGGGAACAGGAUCUACGAGCUGAAGGAUUACACCUUCCAGGGCCUGGCGCUGCAGCACCUCGGCCUGGCCCGGAACAGGAUGACGCGCCUGUCCCGGAUGGCCUUCGAGGACAGCUCGGUGCUGGCCGUGGACCUGUCCUCCAACAGGCUGCCGCACUCCGCGCUGCGCCACCUGGGUCCCGUACUGGGCCACAUGCACGGCCUCAACGUGGCGGGCACGCGCCUCACCGCCGAACACCUCCAGGAGCUGCUGCGCCGCGCGCCACGCCUCAGGCGUCUCAACCUGAGCCGCUUGCACCUGAAGCAGCUGCCGCCUGACCUGUUCUCGUUGCAGACCCGUCUGGAGGUGCUGAACCUGUCCAGCAACAGCCUGCAGUACAUCCCCGUGGACGUGCUGCACGCCCUACCCAGCCUGCAAACCCUGGACCUCGGCAAUAACGAGUUCCGCGGCCUGCCGGAGAUCAUCCUGCGGCGACUGGACCGGCUGACGGAGGUGGUGCUGGACGGCAACCCGUGGUCCUGCGACCAGUGCCACAUCCCCUACCUCAAGAUGUGGCUCAACGCCUCCGCUGCCUUCCGCACCGCAUGUCGCCCUGACGUGGACGCGCCGCGCUGCCUCAAGUGUCAGUCACCGCCCGAGAUGUACGACAAGCCCGUGCUGGAGGUGGACGGCCUGGAACUACAGCCCUGCCCCGAGGGCACCUUCGACCUGGCGGCGGCCAGCGCGGGGGGCGGCUUCUCCGUGGUGCUGGCGGCGGUGGUGGCGGCGGUGGCAGCAGCGCUGCUGGCAGUGAUCGUGGUGGCGGGGCUGGUCAUGUACCACCGCCACUCCGCCUUCUACUACACGCACGAGGACGACUCGCGCCACCACUUCUACGAGAACCCCGCGUUGCGCUCAGACCACACGGACGUCACGCUGGACGAGGACCUGGACCACGUGCCCGAGCGUGGCGCGCGGGGCGAGGACGGCACCGCCAAGGGGGAGUCCAAGCCCCCCCAGCCCCCGCCGCCACCGCCCCCCGCCCACGCCACGGACAACAACGUGGUGGUGAUCGACGAGCUGAUGCGGAGCAAGGCGCCCAAGCCCGCGCGCAACGGCAAGUCUUGAGGCCCUCCGCCCGCCGCAGCCACGGAGGCAGGGGCGCCUGGCGGGGCGGCGCAAGGCGGGGACGGCUGGGGGGUUAGGGGCCCUGCCUGGCGGCGUGGGGGGGCCCCGACCCCUGGUACAAUAGCAUGGCGGCGCGGCUCCGCUGAGGUGAACGCUGGCUCCUGGCGAGGCGGGACGCCCCCCGUGGCCGCCGCCCCGCCGCCUCGCCGCCCUCCUUCCGCCACCGCUCAGGAGUUUUGAACUUUGUUAAUCUACUGUACGUUCCCCGCGGGCCAGCACCGCCCCGCGACCAGACCCACCAGGCAUGACAAGACAAGCCUCGACGUGUGUAUGUGUGUGUGUGUGUGUGUGUGUGUGUGUGGUGUGUGUGUGUGUGUGUGUGUGUGUGGAGGGAGGCAAGGCUCUCCCCUCAGUACCGGGGCGGAGGAUGGAGGGGCAGGGCUGGGCAUGGGGGAGACGCAGCCCCAGCGAGUAAUGGUCACAGUCAGCACCUCCCCGGGGGGCGGGCUGCCUGGCGAGGCGGCACCGCCUCGCGUGUUGGGUUGUGAUGUUCGCGUUAUCUCGCUGAAAGAUUGGAAAAGAACGUCACCAAAAUUUUUUUUUUUUCAUAUUAACGAGGUCAUAGCACAAAGCCUAGACUGUCAUUCAGUGAUGCGAAAAACGCAGCUGUAAUCUCACGGGUAAUUGUUAUUAUUAUUAUUAUUAUUAUUAUUAUUAUUAUUAUUAUUAUUAUUAUUAUUAUUAUUAUUAUUAUUGUUGUUAUUAUUAUGAUCAUCAUUCUUGUUAUUGCCACCCCCCUGGGCCGCCCCUCCCCUCCCCCGGGGCUGGUAUAGCCUGUAGCAGCAGUUCAGUGUCGUACCUUCACUGUCACUGUCGUACUUCCUCUGUUACUCAUCGCUUCACGUUUGGUUACAUCCGUGUACUACUCAACCAUGUUUUUUAUAUCACUACGUAUAUACAAACAAUACAUUUAGGUGGAGGCGUUUCCUCCAUGUUGUGACUGAGUGGGGCGCCGCGCCCGCCGCGGCAACACGUCUCAGUGCGUGGCGCGCCCGCCCACGCCCUCACCGCCAGCGACAGCACCGCGGCGCCAGGCACCCGUGUGUAGUGCUGGUGUGUCGCAGCCACCACGCAGCGGCUGUGUGCACGACUGACGAAACAAUCAUCGCAAUCCACAUACGUGACCGUGUGUGUGUGUGUGUGUGUGUGUGUGUGUGUGUGUGUGUGUGUGUGUG